GGUCAUUUAAUGUGCAGGCAUUGAAUAUUCUAAGCAAUUUAUUUGUGCUGCUUCUUUAUCGCAUUGCGUGGCAACACUGAAACUGUUUGUUAUUGCGCAAUUCAUUUUGAGGUCCAAAAGAGAAUUGCAAAACAUGCCAAAUCCAAUGCAAAGGUUCGUCUACGUGCUUGGUCAUCGGACCUAUAGCCAAUUGCCCCUACUCUGCGCUGCCGGUGCAAAAGCAAGUCAAUUAACAACAACAAACCCGAUAAUGGCUAACUCUACGCGCCUCGCCUCCUCCGUGCUGGCCACAGAAUCCUCAAACAAAGGCAUGAUCAUAAUUAACCGACCAAAGGCCUUAAAUGCAAUAAAUCUCGAGAUGGUGCGCAAGAUUUACAAGCACUUGAAAAAGUGUGAAAAAUCCAAGUCAUUAAUGAUCAUCAAGGGCACAGGUGAUAAGGCCUUCUGUGCUGGCGGCGAUGUACGUGCAUUAGUUGAUGCUGGACCCACUGAUGAAUCCAAGAGUUUCUUUCGCGAGGAAUAUACAACGAAUGCAUUGAUUGGCAAUUACAAAAUACCCUAUAUUGCAAUAAUUGAUGGUAUUACCAUGGGCGGUGGCGUUGGACUUAGCGUACAUGGCAAAUACCGCGUGGCUACCGAUCGCACGCUUUUUGCUAUGCCCGAGACGGCAAUCGGUCUAUUUCCCGAUGUGGGCGGCUCAUACUUCUUGCCACGCUUGCAAGGCAAGCUGGGACUUUACUUAGGUCUGACCGGAUACAGGCUGCGUGGCGGAGAUGUCUACCAUGCAGGCAUAGCCACACAUUACUGCGAGAGCAGCAAAAUUGCGGAGCUGGAAACUGCGCUGCUCAAUUGUCCAGAUGCUGAUGAUGUGCCAGAAUUGUUGCAAAAGUUCCACUCAAAGCCGGAGAAACCCUUCUCGCUGCAACCCGUGCUCGAUCAAAUUAACAAGAACUUUGCGGCAAGCUCUGUAGAAGGCAUUCUCGAAAAUUUACAAAAUGAUGGUAGCGAUUGGGCAAAGAAAACGCUAGAGAUCCUCUGCAAGGUCUCACCCACAUCAUUGAAGAUUACUUUCCGUCAGCUGGAGCUGGGCUCACAGCUAUCGCUGGCUCAAUGCCUUAUUAUGGAGUACCGCCUGGCUGUGCGUCAUCUGGAUCCACGCGCUGACUUCAAGGAAGGUGUACGCGCAUUACUUAUUGACAAGGAUCAGCAGCCAAAAUGGCAGCCGGCUACGUUAGCUGAGGUGACUGAAGAGCAUCUACAGUGGUUCUUUAAGAAAUUACCCGACACCGAGGAGCUCAAACUGUAAUGUUAUUGGCUAAAGCUUGCACGCUACCCGCUCCAAUUUCGUUUCGACAUUUGCAAGAGUUUGAUUUUGUUAUGCCUGCAUGUUGCCUGUUUGACUUUUGUUACAAUUGGUUAAUUCUUCUUUUUUUUUGUUGAGAGUUACCUUAUUUGGUUGCACACGUUUUUGAAUAUUCAAAGUAAUGCUGCUAAAUGUACGUAAUCUCUUUUAUCUAUUUCUUUCAACAGCGACUAAAACAAUGGGAUUUAUCUUGAGCUCAGAAAUUGAAACGUGAAAUUUUGAUGCAUUUA